CUCUUCUUUCCAGCAAAAAGAAAAAGAGAAAAGAGAAAAAGGAAAGUAAAGAAGAGCUUCAGCGCCUUCACUGAAAAAGACAAUAUAACCAAUACUAAUACCCAAGCAGGCUUAAACCAACCAUUAGCAGUUGAAGCUCUUGUUUAUUUGACAUUUGCAGUAAUGGCUUCCUUUUUCUGCUUCAUUCUCUUUGUAACUUCAUUCUAUGCUAACACAAACCCCAUUGAAGCAAGCUGGCCUACUGUAAAAUGCAGUCAUGACACACCUGAACCUGAUAUUCAUUUCCCUUUUCGGUUGAAAGGCCAGCUGCCUCAACACUGUGGUUUUGAGCUGUUUUGCAAAGAAAACACCACUAUGAUUCACUUCCCAUCUUAUGGUGACUUGGUUGUGAAAUCAAUCUCUUAUGAUACCAAAAAACUCCAACUUCUUGACCCCAAAAAUUGUGUACAUGAAGUUUUUCUGAAUCUCAAUCUUUCUACUUCGCUCUUCCGCUAUUACUACGUUGUGAAGAACUACACAUACCUCAAUUGUUCGGCUAGGCUUCCGCCUUCUUUCAAGAAAGUUCCAUGUUUAAGCGGCUCUACACAUUUUGUUUACACUGUGAAACCUUCUUUGGCUGUUCCAUUGUCUUGCAGCGUAGUGAAAACAAUUGCAAUUCCGUUUGCAUAUAGUCCUUAUAUCUCUGACAAUACUUUCGGACUUGGACUAACUUGGGAAUUGCCUGGAUGUGAAGACUCUGAAGGAAAAGGAGGCCUGUCUAAAACAACAUUUCUCAAUUACAUACCAUAUCGUCCAGGCAAGUUUUCAUUAUUUUUGCUCAUAAUUAAUUCCUUAGAGGUUUUCAUUCCAUACUUGUUUCUUAUAGUGAUUCUGUAUAACAAAGCUCAAUAG